AUGGUCAUCGCAGGAAACCACGACUUCACACUAGACGCCCCGGUAUUCCAGGAAAAGAUCAACGAUGCAUGGCGCCUGCAGUCCGUGGAUCCUAUGGAAAUACAAAGAGAACACGGCUCUCCCUGUCUAAUCGAGGAGCUCUUUAGCGAGGCACAGGAAUUUGGCAUUAAUUUCCUCCAUGAAGGAACCAAUCAUUUCACCCUUGAGACUAGCGCUUCACUGACCGUUUAUGCCAGCCCUUAUACCCCGUCUCUAGGGAGCUGGGGGGACUGGGGAUUCCAGUACGCCGUCCAGCAAGGCCAUUGCUUUGCUAUAGGGCAAGAUGUCGAUAUCGUGAUGACACAUUGUCCGCCCCAAGGGAUUCUCGAUACCACAAAGACGGUUCAACGCGCGGGCUCUACAGAUCUCUUUGAAGCAGUUGCCCGAGCUAGACCUCGCAUGCAUUGCUUCGGACAUAUUCAUGCCGGCUGGGGCGCGAAGCUAGUUCGAUGGCGGAAAAUGGUGAGUGAGAGACCAUCGCAUUUAACAGAUAUUGAUAAUGGGGAGUCACUUACUAUCGCAAGACUUUGUGAAUUAACCAGACGGGGACAUCUAAACCAUGUUACCGAACCAGCCACUGCGUUGGUGAUUUUGCUCCUCUACAGCCGGGUGCUCAGAUACUUUUUUAUAAAUGUUGCUAUUGAAGACUCUGGUGAUAUUUCGGGGCACCCUGCAUGGUUUGUUGACCUUGAACUUAUGAAGAGUGAUGAGCGUUGA